UGCUAACAACGCUGGCGACGGUUUCUCCUCAGAGGCUCCGCUUGACUCAUCCUUCGCCUUUUCCCCUCAUCUUCCGCGGGAAGGGAACGAGGCUUUUGCGCGUGUUCCCAAAGCCGGCUGGAGGCAGCCCCGGCCAAGCAAGCCGACGCUUCCCGUUACUCUUCGGUUUUCUACGAAAUCCAUAGUGAAGAACAUGGAAUGAGAUCGGGCUUUGCCACAGAAAAUUAGUUUGUGUUCAGGUGAAGAAAGAUACCACCACUUCAGGCUUGUUGCGUAUUGCCAUGAUGAGAACUUAUCAUUGCUUCUGGCUCCUCUUCUGGAUUGGUCAUCCUCACCAAAGUUCUUCUAUAUCACUGUCGAAAAGAACUAGUGGCUUUCUAGUAAAUACUAAGAUUUUGGAUCUAUCUAGAAAUAGCAAGAAAGAGCUUCAUCGUUCCAAAAGAAGCUGGAUGUGGAAUCAGUUCUUUCUUUUAGAAGAGUACACAGGCUCUGACUAUCAGUAUGUUGGCAAGCUUCACUCUGACCAGGAUAAAGGAGAUGGUUCGCUUAAAUACAUUCUUUCGGGAGAUGGAGCAGGAGACCUCUUCAUUAUCAAUGAAAACACGGGAGAUAUACAGGCCACAAGGAGACUAGACAGAGAAGAGAAGCCUGUUUACAUUCUUCGGGCUCAGGCUAUCAACAAAAGGACUGGAAGACCUGUUGAGCCAGAGUCAGAGUUCAUCAUUAAGAUCCAUGACAUCAAUGACAAUGAGCCACUAUUUACAAAAGAUGUUUACAAUGCAAGCGUCCCAGAAAUGUCUGAUGUAGGUACAUUCGUCGUGCAAGUCACAGCAACAGAUGCCGAUGACCCUACUUAUGGGAACAGUGCAAGAGUAGUCUACAGCAUUCUCCAGGGGCAACCGUAUUUUUCUGUGGAAUCUGAGUCAGGCAUCAUCAAAACAGCUCUGCUAAACAUGGAUCGAGAAAACAGAGAGCAAUACCAAGUGGUCAUCCAAGCAAAGGACAUGGGAGGACAGAUGGGUGGAUUAUCAGGAACCACCACAGUGAACAUUACACUGACCGACGUCAAUGACAAUCCACCUCGUUUCCCUCAAAGUGCCUACCAAUUCAAAAUUCCAGAAUCUGCUCCCCCUGAUUCGCCAGUUGGCAGGAUAAAAGCUACUGAUGCUGAUGUGGGUCAGAAUGCAGCAAUGGAAUACAGCAUAAUUGAAGGGGAUGGCUCGGAAAUGUUUGGCGUCAUCACAGACAAGGAGACACAGGAAGGCAUUAUAACAGUGAAAAAGGCUCUGGAUUUUGAAAAGAAGAGGCAGUUUACUUUGAAAGUGGAAGCUAGCAAUCCUCAUGUAGAUCCCAGAUUCCUCUAUCUGGGGCCAUUCAAAGAUGUGACCACUGUUAGAAUUCAAGUGGAAGAUGUAGAUGAACCUCCGGUGUUCAGCCGGCCAGCCUAUGUGUUAGAAGUAAAAGAAGAUGUCCAGAUAAACACUGUCAUAGGAACUGUGACUGCCCGGGACCCUGACAGUGCGAAGAAUCCUAUCAAGUAUUCUGUAGAUCGUCAUACAGAUAUGGACAGAAUAUUCAACAUUGAUUCUGGAAAUGGUUCAGUAUUCACUUCUAAACUUCUAGAUCGGGAAACAUUGUUGUGGCACAACAUUACAGUCAUAGCUGCUGAGAUCAACAACCCAAAGGAAAGCAGCCGAGUCCCAGUGUUCAUUAAAGUCCUGGAUGUGAAUGACAAUGCACCUGAAUUUGCGAUGUUUUAUGAGACCUUCGUCUGUGAAAAUGCAAAAGCUGAGCAGCUCAUACAGACCCUAAGUGCAGUUGAUAAAGACGACGCUUUUGGUGGACACAAAUUUUCUUUCACAUUGGCUCCUGAGGUAGCCAGCAGCUCCAAUUUCACCCUUCAGGAUAACAGAGAUAACACAGCCGGCAUCUACACCAGGAAAACAAGAUACAACAGACAUGAAAUGAAUAUGUACCUCCUGCCUGUGGUAAUUUCGGACAACGAAUAUCCCAUUCAGAGCAGCACCGAGACUGUGACAAUUCGAGUAUGUGCCUGUGACCAGAGAGGCAAGAUGCUCUCUUGCAAUGCUGAAGCGCUGAUCCACCCUACUGGCCUUAGCACUGGGGCACUGAUCGCAAUCCUUCUUUGCAUCAUUAUAUUGCUAGUUACAGUGGUGCUAUUUGCAGCCUUGAGACGGCAGAGGAAGAAAGAGCCCUUGAUCAUUUCCAAAGAGGACAUCCGGGACAACAUUGUCAGUUACAACGAUGAAGGUGGUGGAGAGGAAGAUACCCAAGCAUUUGAUAUUGGCACCCUACGGAACCCUGAAGCCAUAGAAGACAAUAAAUUGCGCCGUGACAUUGUGCCGGAAACACUUUUUAUGCCACGCCGGACUCCGGUAGUACGAGAUAAUACAGAUGUUAGAGAUUUCAUUAGCCAAAGGUUGAAGGAGAACGAUAUGGAUCCAACAGCACCCCCGUAUGACUCAUUAGCAACCUACGCAUAUGAAGGCAAUGGGUCUGUGGCAGAGUCACUCAGCUCCUUGGAGUCGGUGACUACAGAUGGAGACCAGGACUACGAUUACCUCAGUGACUGGGGCCCUCGUUUUAAAAAGUUGGCCGAUAUGUAUGGUGGAGCAGACAGUGAUAAAGACUCCUAAUAUGUUGCCGUUUUCAUUUCUAAGAAACAGCAUUGAAAUGUGUGGCAUUGCUCCUUCUUUCUAUUUAUCCACAGUCUGUUGAAAGGGUUCACUUCUACCAGUUCAAAUUGUUUCCGUGACUGCAGUCUUCGUGGAUCUAAUGUCAUUUCCCCCCUCAAAUAUAAUUUGAGCUUCCAAGAGGCAAAUGAUGAGGGAAAACAAGCUUCAAUUUUUUAAAAAAAAAUCUGUUUUAUAUAGAUAUAUAUAUGUGUGUACUGCAUCCUGUUAACUUAGGCAGCCGAACAGGCACAAUAGCAAGGAAAUUGAGGGACAACAGAAACGGAAUAAUAGUUUUAACUUGUUCCGCUUAUUGUGUAAAUUGGAUUAUCUUACUGUUAUCACUCACCAAAUAAUCUGACUGUAUUUUAAAUAUUCAGCUCAGACAUGUCCUCUGUAGAUUAUAUAUAAAACACCCCUUUGUAAGGAUCUAUUGUGGCUUAGCUUAAACAUUGCAGUAAAGGGAGUGAGGUUAUAACUCCUUUUAAAGCCACAAAAUGCAAUAUGGAAUUAAGAUACAUAAAAGAUCUAUAGGCCAUUCAAAUACUAAUAUUAAUCUUGAAUUGGUUGUUUUGCUAAAAGCGUUCAUCCAUACUAGUGGUGGACAAUCGAAAGUAAAAGGGAGGGAGAUGUGUGUGUGUGUAUGCAUGCACCUAAGUGGAUUCACUAUUUGUGCCAUAGCAAUGCACUACAAACAGUACAUUUAAGAGAAUUCUGUUCCCAGAAAACAUUACACCACCCUUCCCUAACCCUAAAUUACUUAGAAAUGUUAGACUACGACUCCUGUAAUCCCCAGGUAACAGUUCAUUGGCUGUGGAAUCAUAGGAGUCAAAGUUGGACACAUCUGGAGGACUCCAGAAUGGAGGGAGAGGGAUAUAGAGAUGUGUUUCUCAACCUUGGGGAAUGCAGCUGUUUUGAACCUCAGAUCCCAAGACUGACUGCCUCUCAGCCGCAGUACCAGGGGCUUCUAGGAGCUGAAGUUGAAAACCUCCAGCAGUCGAAAAAUGGGUUCUACAACACUAACCAUAGAAAGGACGUAAGAUUGAAAAUACACUGACUAACUUAAGUCCUACCUAAGUCGACUUCAUGAAUAAGACUGAGUCAAAUCCUUAAUGCUAAACUCUCUCUGCUCCACUUAAUCUUAAUGUCUAGUGUGCCGGGCAAUCAAAAGCUCUUCUGUAAGUUGUAUCCAUCCCAGCUUGCUCAC